AUGUCUUACGCUGAUUUACAAAAAGAGUUUAAAGUCGCAGAAACUUUUGAACCAGUGUUUCAAUUGAGUUCCCAGAGUAGAUAUGCACUUUUCUCACUGGUGAUUGCAGUUCUGCUGAUUUCAAUGGCCUUAGUAUCUGCUUACUCGAAGAAGGGGUUCUUGAUUCGUUUAGCCAUUUUCGCUGCACUAAGUGCUGCAGGUAGCAUGUUCUCAGGUAUAGGAGUAGUGUUUUUGGCUAACUCACUGGGUGUUUACGUAUAG